AUGCCAUGGCCGCGUAGCGGAAGGCGGUACGUCAUGAGCCUGGAGAGCAGCCAACUACCCAGCAACCUGCGGAGUUUGACGUUUGGCUAUGCGUUCAACCAGAGCCUGGAGAGCAGCCAACUACGCAGCAGCGUGCGGAGUUUGACGUUUGGCUAUGGCUUCUACCGAAGCAUGGAGAGCAGCCAACUACCCAGCAACGUGCGGAGUUUGACGUCUGGCUAUGCGUUUAACCGGAGCCUGGAGAGCAGCCAACUACCCAGCAACCUGCGGAGUUUGACGUUUGGCUAUGCCUUUUACCGGAGCAUGGAGAGCAGCCAACUACCCAGCAACGUGCGGAGUUUGACGUCUGGCUAUGCGUUUAACCGGAGCCUGGAGAGCAGCCAACUGCCCAGCAACCUGCGGAGUUUGACGUUUGGCUAUGCGUUCUACCGGAGCAUGGAGAGGAGCCAACUACCCAGCAACCUGCGGAGUUUGACGUCUGGCUUUGCGUUUAACCGGUGCCUGGAGAGCAGCCAACUACCCAGCAACCUGCGAAGUUUGACGUUUGGCUAUGCGUUCAACCAGAGCCUGGAGAGCAGCCAACUACGCAGCAGCCUGCGGAGUUUGACGUUUGGCUAUGCGUUCAACCGGAGCCUGGAGAGCAGCCAACUACGCUGCAGCCUGCGGAGUUUGACGUCUGGCUACGCGUUCUACCGGAGCCUGGAGAGCAGCCAGCUACGCAGCAGCCUUCUGAGUUUGACGUUUGGCUACGCGUUCAACCGGAGCUUGGAGAGCAGCCAACUACGCAGCAACCUUCGGAGUUUGACGUUUGGCUAUGUGUUCUACCGGAGCCUGGAGAGCAGCCAGCUACGCAGCAGCCUUCGGAGUUUGACGUUUGGCUAUGCGUUCAACCGGAGCAGCCAACAACGCAGCAACCUGCGGAGUUUGACGUUUGGGUAUGAGUUCAACCGGAGCCUGGAGAAAAGCCACCUACGCAGCAGCCUGCGGAGUUUGACGUUUGGCUAUGCGUUCAACCGGAGCCCGGAGAGCAGCCAACUACGCAGUAGGCUGCGGAGUUUGACGUUUGGGUAUGAGUCCAACCGGAGCCUGGAGAGCAGCCAACUACGCAGCAGCCUGCGGAGUUUGACGUUUGGGCAUGUGUUCAACCGGAGCCUGGAGGGCAGCCAACUACCCAACACCGUGACGGGUCAUCAAGUCUUACUACGCGGCCCGAAACACCAGUGA